AUGAAUUGUUGUUCUUUAAGUAAAAUUGAAAUUCCAAGCUGUGUUUCGAAAAUCAACGAUUACUCUUUUAAUAAUUGUAAUUCACUUACAUCUAUUGUUCUUCCAGUUGGUCUUAUAUGUUUGAACAAAUCAUGUUUUAAAAACUGUUACAAUCUUGUUAAAAUUGAAAUGGAUGAGAAAUUGGAGUCAAUUGGAACCUCAUGUUUUGAAAAUUGUAAUUCUUUGAAAUCAGUUAUAAUGCCCAAAACAGUCACUUUUAUUGGGAAGACGUGUUUUAAAAUUGCAUCAGCGAAUUGUAUUGGUGGAUGUGUUUCUUUAUUUAAACAAUCAGACUUACAAACAAUUAUUUUAAUUUUUUUUAUUUUGAAAAAACUUGCUGAUAUUACGAUAUAUUCCUGUUAUCGUACGAUAAUUAUUGAACGGUAUUGGUAUUUUAUAAAAUUCGAUACUAUAAAAGGCGCUGAAUAA